AGAUGCCUGUAAACACAUUUGGACCAUCACAGGUCACCUGUGACAAGUAAGUGCUGUCUGAUACCGGACACACUUGCCACUCAGGUCAGCUGAUCAGACAAGGACAACCAAUUAUCUUCCUCUAUUGUACUGUGGGUUGCUGAUACUCUUCCUCCAACCAUGGCAGAAAAUUUUCAAAGUGCACCUUUCUUUGGAACAGAAUGUGCUCUGCAGGCCUCUGUACCUGAGCUGAGGAAUGCCAUACCCUUAGCAGGAAGUGUGUACAACUUCUCCAGGGUCUCCACCCCAGCUGUGAGUGCAGCAUGGCUCCUGCCAUCAGACUCCACAACUUGUUGCCAGCAGCUCAUGGACAGUGCCUACCCCUACCUACCAGCUGGCACAACCAUGGUGACUUCGCUGACUGACCAGGGCCAGAUGUCUGCCUCACCACUCUCCUAUCCAGGUGUUCUCCAGUGGGAUCCCAUGGGAAACACUGACCAGAGGGGAGCUGCACUCCAGGACUUCACUGUAACUAUCACUGACCAGAAUACCACAUUCUCCUCCUUCUCUAGGACAGCCCAGGGUGAUAAUAUUUUAGAUCCCAAUUCCUUAGUCCUUUCCUAUCCAACACUGUCUGCCAACCUUCUUCUGGCCACACCACCACAGGCACCAAAUCAAGGAUACAGCCUGGCACCUUCCUACCUGGAGGGCAGCCACUUCUAUUACUAUGACCUCAAUAGCCUGGGCCCUCAGAUGGCUGGUGAACUCAGGCAGUGCCUGCAGGCCUGUGGCUCUGUGUCCUACUCUGGGGGUCAGGCCUCUGCCCUGAAACCAGAGAUAGUGAUGAUGCCAAAGGAGAUUCAGUCAACAGAUAUCCAAACACCCUUCUCCACCUCUGCCAUGUACUAUGCCACACCUGCUCAAGACAUGCCAGACACCAGUCUUCAAGUAUACCUGAGUCCAGACCUCUGCAAUGCCUGCACACAGGAUGUCCAGAAGUCACCACCUGUCCAUGGGGACUGGUCAUUAACUGCCCCCAGCGACAGUCCUUCAGAAUUCCUGCCCUUGCCUCCUGCUCCAAUCUUGGAACAAACAGAGAAUAACGACUUGGAUUUGAUGACACAUGAUCUAUCAACUCUUCUGGAUGCCUAUGAGGGCAUAAAAGAAAACCAAGACCCAUCACUUCUCCCUUUAGCACAUGCCAACAUGCAUCAGGCCCUGAACUACACUGAUUCAGGGAUCCUAAAACAGAAGCUUUCUCCUGACAAUGCCACCUUGGGAAGCAGCAGCCUUGGUCAGGAUGAGCCUGGGGUGCUGCAGAGUGCGAUGGACUCCAGCAUGGACUUUGCAGACAUGACUACACUGGUGGCAGAUACUCACCUUCCCAGAUUCUUCAACUCAAUCACUGAUAUGAACCCAUUGCAAGAUCCCACAGCAACCCAAUCCAAAGAUAUCAGCAGGGAUCAGGUCCAGGAAAGCUCCAGCACCAUCAGUGUACCCAUGGACCAAGUGAGAAAGAAUGGCCAGAAAGCCUCUGAGAUGCUAGAUGGGUCUCCUCAGGCCAGAAUCCAGCUCCAGGACCUGGUGAAGGAAGAAGAGGCUGUGGGCAGUGCUGGGUCCAGUGAAGGGGCUAUUGACAACAUGCCUAAGAACUUGGAGGGCAGAGCCCAGAAAGCCAUACCCAGCACGCCCAGCAGAGCAAGGACUCAGGGGCAAGACAAGACCAAGAGAUCCAGAGAAAACAACUGCAAGAAAACAGAGGAGCUCAAGCAGUCAAGGAACAGAGUCAAGGCAGAUGAAAACACCACCAUGCCAAAGAACAAGAGGAAGAGGAAUCCACCUGAGCUCAGCCACAACAGCUUUAAAAAGCCUCGAACUCGCCUCGGCAUGCACAUGCUAGAAUCCGUGCAAGUCUUUCACAGACUGGGGAAGAAGAGUGAGAAGAAAACUGGCAUCUCUUCCUCCCGGGCUCGGCUAAACUUCAGCAGCAACAAAGAUCCCAGGGCAGGCCCAGCCACCACAUCACUUCUGGAUGUGCCAUGUGAUGGCCGAGGCCCUGGCAAAACCCCGAGCAAUGCUCAGAGACCAGAGAGCAAUGCUCACAGGGAGUGUCAUCCAUCUCCAUCCCAGUAUGAGCUGCCCCCUCCUGGCAAGGUGAAGUUAGUACCUCUGCCUUUUCCAGCCCUGGACAAGCCUCAAGCCAGACUGGUUUCUAAGAAGCCUCUCUCCCUGGCUUCACAUGGGACCCCUACACUGUACCCUGUGAGACCUCAUUCUAACUCAGCUCAGUCUACCACACCCAAGCCAUCUAAACCAGCUCCUGCCAGCACUUCUUUGAUGGCCUCUGACAAGCUAGUUCUGCCUAUUGCUACCAGUGCCACACUAGAUAACAUAACCAACCCCAUCCAGUCUUGCACUGGGCCUCAGCCAGCUGUCCAUAGGCCAGUAUCCUACAGGGCAUCAUCUCACCCUUCACUACAGAGGGAGCUUGCCUCUGCUGACAAGAACAAGGCCCCAUCACCUCCCAAACCUCAAAUCCAACAUCUGCUGCAAGACUUCAGCCGCCAACCAAUUCCAUGGGGGAAAGUUGACAUUCUAGGGCCAGUCAUCUCACAGCCCAUCACAGAAGAGCAGAGGCCAGAGAGGGAGGCCAUGAAGAGGCGGGCUCAACAGGAGAGAGAGAAUGCCGCCAAGUACACG